AUGGAAUCCACUCACGAUGGAAGUAUGAGCCAGGAUGCUUUGUCCCUGAAUAACGGCUCUUAUCACGACAGCAAUCGAGAACAACGCUCCGAGACCCCCCCGACCCAACACCGCCGAGGAUACCAGGCUUGCGAUCCGUGUCGCAAACGCAAGGUCAAAUGCGACCUGGGAAGUGUCGAUAAUCCCCGACCGCCGCCGUGUGUAAGAUGCCGCCGUGAAAGCAAGCGCUGCGAGUUCUCCGCAACCAGGAGAAAGCGGAAGACUUCUGAUGCCGAACCAGAGCAAGAGACCCCUUUACGGCGAGAUAAGCGGAUGAUGGUGGGAGAGGUCUUAUAUGGCGAGUCAUCAUCAAGUAUAGGUAGCAACGGCAAGAGGGAGCCUUCCUACGGUCCUUCGGCACCAGCACCUUUUGACAAUGGGAGCCUUCACAAGUACGCAUGGCCAGAGAACUCGCCUCACACCGUUUCCCAGGCAUCUCCCGUCAAUCAGAAAGAUCAUCCCCAGCCUAGCCCCGUCUCAGCGAACCACUACCAUGAUGGAAGGAGCAUACAAUCAAGCGCCUAUCCGGCGCAACACAAUCGAGGGUUAGCAGGGCCCGAAGUACGACAACAUGUCAUGAAUAAAACUGCAGCCGACUUGCUGUUCCCUACCAUCAGCAACAGCCACGAUGCUCUUCAUCUACUAUCAGAAGCUGCUGGGCGGACGGAAGAUCUCAACCGCCAAAGACUUGAGAAUAAAGCACGACAGUCGGCUGGCUCCUACGGCGCACAUAUGUCGGCAGCAACUUCCACAAUGUCCAGAAACGCACACCAUCAGUACCCAAAACGAUCAAACCAAAUGUCCGCUGAUGGAUAUAGCGACACCAGCGCUGAAUACCGGAAACAAAACUUUGAGCCAUAUAACGACCCCGGCUAUUUGGACGCCGUCAAGGCUUGGUCGCGUCUUCGAUUUGUUCGAGCUGGAUGGCUAAGCGUGGAAGAGGCAAUGGCUUAUAUUGCAUACUACUAUAAACAUCUCGCACCUUUGAGUCCAAUUGUCAUUCCUGACUUCUCACCCCCUUCUACCCAUCGGACACUGCUUACAGACGAGCCUGUGCUGGCAGUGACAAUGCUCACGACUGCUUCACGUUAUAUGAAACCCAAAGGAGAUGGAGCUCAUACUCGGGGCUACUAUAUACAUGACCGGCUGUGGGCGUACCUCCGUGGUAUGAUUGAGCGUCUCUUUUGGGGCCAGGAGAAGUUCACCGGAAACUCAGUAGGGAUGGGGACACCUAGAUCUCUUGACAUACCACUCCCGGCUCAAGGCCAAGCGUCUCUUCGUGGACACCUUCGUUCUUUAGGUACGAUCGAAGCACUGUUGAUACUAACAGACUGGCAUCCACGUAACCUGCAUUUUCCUCCUGGUGAUGAUGAGAAUACUCUGCUCGAUGCAGACGCACUCUUGCCUUCGCAGUCUCGUAACGAUGGGGAGAGCGACGGCCGAGGCACAAGCGGCGGUGGUGUUGAAGGACGUCUUGCUUUUCAGAAAUGGCUAGAGCCCACAUGGCGAUCAGAUCGUAUGUCGUGGAUGUUACUGAGCACUGCACAAGCCCUGGCAUUUGAACUUGGCGUUUUUGAUCGGAAGGCACCUAGCGCUUUGGAGUCUGUUUCUGAACAAGUGCGCAAGCGACGAGUGCGGCGGCUGAUUAUUGUGUACAUCACUCAAGGGAGUGGGAGACUUGGUAUACCGUCAAUGCUACCGCUUGACAGGUGGAGCGAUGAUAUCGAACCUACUACGCCUGCAGAUGCUACAGAAUCAGAGGUUACGAUUGAUCGAAUGCAGGAUCUCUGGGUCCAGAUAUCGAAGAUUAUGUCUCUGAGUAAUACCGACCUUUUCCCGUCCAAAGAAUAUACCUCCGAACUUAUCAAGACUGGACGGUACAAGCAACGCAUUGCUGAAUUCUUACCACAUCUGCAAAAGUUCAGGGCAUACUAUGAUAGUGUUUCUUUAUCCCCUCAAAUGCAGAAUAUUUUGACAAUUGAAUACGAAUAUACGCGCAUAUACGUUAAUUGUCUCGCGUUGCAAGCAGUGGUGGAACGAUGGACUACCAUCAAUAAUGAACCUUCGAGUAAAUCAUCAGCGGCAAGCUCUCUCCGUGUACUCAUGGAGAUCUACCGAGUCAAUGAAAAAUACAUCCAAGAGGUUGUCGAUGCGUCGCGGAAAAUACUCCACAUCGUCCUGGAUUGUCUUGUUCCAAACGAGCAAUUGAAGCAUUGCCCCGUCCGUACAUUUUUCAGGAUACUCUCUGCAAUGAUAUUCAUCCUAAAGACUUUCACUCUUGGUGCCACGGAAGAUGACGUUCGUGUAUCGUUAGAUCUGCAAGAUCGAACUAUAGAGGCUCUGCGAACCUGUGUCGUUGAUGAUGUCCAUCUCAGUAACACCAUCUCUCGUUUAUUGGAACUUUUAACAGCAAACAUCCGUACCCGAUUUCUGAGAUUUGCGCCUACGGAUCGAGGCGCCGACGGCGAAGGUCACGAGCGGGCCUCUCAGCCAAGCUCACGAGUAGCUUCACCGAAGCCAACUAAGGAUAGUGGACGUAGGGAUUCGGGCACGCACUGGCACCAUCAGAUCCAAACACCUGCCCACAAUAAGAUGGGAUAUCAGUUCAACCAAGGUGGAGGGGAUUCGCAACAGCAGCAACCUGUCGGGAGCCACCAUGAUCCCCUGGCUGGUAUUCCGGCUCAACCCAUAAACUCCUCCAAUAUUGGGGUGUCAUUUAUGCCGCCACCUCCCUCUGUGUACUACAAUUAUUACGGUGCGAAUGGGCCGUCCCCUCCGAAACUCGACGACUCAAACUCAAUUGCACAAUCUGUCCACGAAGGUGGUCUCCCAGAUUGGUUUGCUCUUCCUCUGGAUCAAUUCUUCAACAGUUCCGCUACCGGAGUCGACCAAGGUCUGGGAGGCACAGGUCCAAUGCUUGGAGAGUUCGAUAUGUUGGAAGUCCUUCUUAACGAACAACUUGACAAGGACGGCAAUGUCGCUGGUCCUUCUGGGGGUAACGGCGUGGAUAAUAUGGACACUACACCUACGCCGAGAAAUCAACAGCAACACCAUCCAUUUCUGUGAUGCGGGCAAGGGUAAAUUACCAUGUUUGUAUGAAAAAUGACGACACGAAAGUACAUAUUUGACAGCUGUCUUGCUACGAGGUUAUGAGUUUACGAUGCGCUGGUUUGACCUUGAAUUUUGUUUCAUAUGGUGUAACUAUAUGCGAGUGUUUAUUGUAGGUGUCAGGAAGAAUAAUAAUCAGUAUUGGCUUAUUCUUCCCAAGAUUUAUUUCAACCAAGGAGAUUGUCUAUAGGUACAAACGAAGAAGGUAUAAAGUUCUCAUAAUUCCCCAUAGAUUCAUCAUCCUGAUUUAACGCUUGUAGACUUUGAUAACAUUUGGACUAGAUUCAUGUCGAGACGCCCACAA